GAUUUAAAAACAUUUGCGCGCAAAUCAGAACGUUAACAGGAUCAAUUUUCAUCAAUCUGUUCACUUAAUCGUUUAAAUGACGGACAACAGAAUGGCAUCCACAAGAAAAAGAAAAACAAACCACCUGGAUGGAGACCAAGUUGAUGAAGUUGCAAGCUCAUCAAGUGGAAAUAACUACAAUGUAGGAGUCUAUACAAAGAAAGCUAAGAAAAGUCAUGUGAAACACUGUGAUGAUUUCACUCAAAUAAAAGAUAAGAAAAAAAGAAAGGAGAAAAAGAAGAAGAAAAAGGACUUAGACGUUGAGGAUGAGAGUUUUCCUGCUGAUAACAGUCUUAGUCAAAAGCAGAAAGGAGGCUCUUACUCCCAAAGUUUCGAAGAACAGUUGGUGAGAGAUUGGGAAGAAAGUAGACCAUCAAUGAAAAAUUUAACAAGUUCAUUAACUUUGACUGAUGAAGAAGCAGCUAUUGUGCAUACGGGGAAAAUUUCAAGUACACUAAGUGACAUGGAGAAUUUUAGACUGAUGGGAAUAAAGAUUCGUACUGGGAAAUGGGUACAACAGGAAGAUGACAUGUUAAUGGAAAACUUUGAAAACAUUAAGAAUGAGUAUCCAUUGGACAUGGAUAAUGGCUUUCUUCUACAGAUACUAUUUAUAAACUAUUUGGCAUCUUCAAAGGAAGAACGAGACAGAGUGAAGAUGUUUUGUAAACACAGUGAUUUCUAUAUUCGACUUGCUGGUAGACUUAGAAGGUCACCUGAAAGUAUAGUGGACCGCGCCAGAAAGAUAUUACCAAAUUGGAAAACUGGACCCUUCAGUCCUGAAGAAGAAGAAACAUUGCUCAGUCUUCAUAAACUACAUGGAAAUCGGUGGUCGGUGAUUGGUUAUGAAAUGAACCGGUCAAGAAACAGUGUGAUGGACCAUUAUCAGAUCAUUAAAGAUGGUAAAAGGAAGAAGGGAACUUGGACAGAAGAGGAGACUAAUCUUUUACUUCAAAUAAUCUCAGAAGAGAUGGAGACAGAUGACCUGCUUAGUCUUCCCCAUUUCAACAUGCCCUGGGCAAAAAUUGGCAAGAGGAUGCCGAAUCGGAAUGGAAAGCAGUGUCGUAGUCAUUGGGUGUACCAGCUUCGGCCAUUGUUGGUUCAGGGCGGCAAACGUGUGCAGCAAGUUGACAAGGUCAAGUUUAUUGCUGAAUUAUGUAAUUUAAAUGUCGAAACAGAAAAAGAUAUUGACUGGGAAGCCAUGCUCGAGAGAAUACCAGAGGCUGGAACACCACAACAAUUACAGCAACAGUGGCAGAAGAUGAAACUAGCCAUAUUCAAUGUGGAAAGGAUGACAUUUGAUGAAAUAAGGGACUUCCUAUCUACUCUGAUUGAUGAGUGAUAAUGCACUCUAUGUUUACUUUGACGAAAUAUCAGUUCUUUAAACUUUGGAUAUUUUGUUGUUGAUAAAGGUAUUGGAAUUUGCUGUACUAUAAUGCCAGUUUUCCCAACUCACUCAGAUUUAUAAUCAACACAUCUUUUGUCUAUUUUUAUGAAUCAGUCUUUUUUUAGCUACAUUGAUGGGAGGAUGCAUGAAAGUCGUUAAAUUACUUUCAUGUUUUAAAACUCUGUCUGACAUUGACUAAUUCUUGAAGACUUGUGUCAACAGGUAGGGAAAAUAUUUUAUUUGAUUGCAGAAAAAAAGCGCCUGUAAAAAGUCAUUCAUUUGUUUUAGUGAGGGAAAGUAAGUAUCAAGUGUUAAUAUGACAUUGGAGUAGAAAACACUAAUAUACAAGAUUUGAAGACCCUAGCUUAUAUAUAUAAAUGGAUUAUUUGAGUCAGGGUUUUGUGUGUUUGAGUUGGGGGUAUAUUUUUCAGCUGGUAGGUCAAUGCCAAACAAACAAUAUGUAAAUUUAAGACUUUACUAGUCUAAAAAUCCCUCUAUAAGAAUUUCAAGGAUUCCAUGGUGCAUUGUGUAGUUGAAAAAAUAUACAGAAAAUUAAAAUUGUAUUUGCUU